AUGAAGAUUCUAGUUGUACUAUGGACUGUAUCUUUGGUAAGAUUAUGCAGUGCAGGCUGUUGGGGAAAGAGUAAGACCAAAGAUGACGAUAAUGGACCUUAUGGUGGAUCUAAAGAGAAUCUCAGAAGUGCUCCAUCCAAACCUGUAGUUCCUCAGCUAACUGGACAACCUACCAUUACUACUCCCAUUACUCUUGAUCUUGCAAAGCCAGAUGAAACCAAGGUAAAUGUAUACAAAGAGGAGGAGGAUGGAGUAAAGUUCGAAGAUUACAGUCCAAAGAAUGCCUUUCAUAUCUCCUCUGUUAUGGAUGGUGGAGUUACUCUAUGGAAGGCUGAAGGAGCCAAUGAGAAGUCUACAUUUGUACAAUCUCAUACAAAAGGUUCUACUCUCAUUACCAUAGGGAUAAAGAACGGUAACAAUUAUACUGGCAAGUACUUUGAGAAGAAUGCUGAUGGCUGGAAGGAGUUAAAGAGGGAUGAGUUUGAUAAGAAGCUAAAUGAAAUGAGUAAAUCUGGAUCAUCUCCUAAUCCUUCUACUACUCCCUCUUGA